CCAGGUCUCUGAGUUUAACAGAAGACCGUGAGAUCUCAGGAGCUCAGAGAACUGCACCUUGUUGUCACUUCUCAUGUGUUGUCAUAUUGUCUCGUGGUCUGAGCCYGUUCAGCAGCUCUGACCUCCCCCCUCCCAGAGGCGAAGAAGAGGAGGAGGAAGGCGGACCUCACAUCAGCCGGAUCCUGCAGCUCAACUAUGGAGGAUUUAGGACCUCAUCACAGUGGCUCUGCAUUUGCGGGGCUGGUGGCAACGUCGCAGGUGCUCGGUCUGGUGUCGGUGGUGCUAACCGGGGUGUGGAUGGGUCACUACAGAGGAGGUUUUGCCUGGGAUGGCUCGGCUCAGGAGUUUAACCUGCAUCCUCUGUGUAUGGUUCUGGGGCUGGUCUUCCUGCAAGGUGAUGCCAUCCUGGUCUACAGGGUGUUUCGCAACGAAGCAAAGAGGAACGUGAAGCUGCUUCACGGUAUCAUUCACCUCCUCGCUCUCAUCAUCAGUAUCGUAGGGAUUGUAGCCGUGUUCGACUUCCACAAGGCAGCUAAGAUCCCUGACAUGUACUCCCUGCACAGCUGGUGCGGCAUGGCCACCCUGGUUCUGUUCUGUGUUCAGGUCCACCUACUCUCAGUUUGCUCCUGAGGGCGUUCUGGCCAACGUCCUAGGGGUCCUGUUGGUGUUCUACGGGGCGGUGCUUUGUUACGUGAUCACCAGAGAGGAAUACAGACGCCCACCAAACCCAGAGGAGGAGUCACUGUCUGUCCAUUUCAAAACCCUGACUGAAGGGGGGUCACCAGGCUCACCCUGAUCUCAYCUGGAUCCAAACGGCGUCCUGCAGAUCCUGCAGACUGAUUCUGAUACGUGAAACAUAUUCUGAUACAAAGAUGUGGCCAUAAGAGUUCUUUUCCUGUAAAUUCUGAAUUUACCGGGGAAAAGAACUAUUUCUGUUGUCUCAUGCUGAUUAGCUGUGACAUCCAGCCUGCAGAAUAAUCAGCUGUACAAUCCCUGACUGAAGUUCUGUCGCUUAUCCAUGUUGUAGAAACAAAAGCUUAUAACCUGACUUUAAAUUCAUCCAUUGGUUUUAGAAAUGGUUCCUAUGAAAGCUGAAACCCUCCCAAAUGAGGUUUAAGUUACGAAAAUAAAUUUGUUUCUCUGCAGAAAAAUUGAUCAUUUAAAGAACACAGAAAGAUCAGAUUUUGACAAAAGUUUUGUCGCCCACAGAAAGUAAUGUGAAAAUCAAACAAAUAUUUAACUUCAAAUGCAAAGAUGUGUUUCAUAACACUGGUGAAUGAAGUUGUGAUGUUAUUAGAGCCAUAUUUAAUGUUCUGUGUGAAUCCCAUGAGCUUGAAGGACUGUAUCCAUGCAGUUUGACAAUGAUUCAUACAAUUUAUUGAUGAAGUCCUCAGGAAUGGCAAAGAAUGCAGUCUUACAUGCCUCCCAGAGUUCAUCAAGAUUUUUUGGUUUUGUCUUCCAAUCUUCCUCUUUCAUUCUAGCCCAAACAUGCUCAAUGAUGUUCAUGUCUGGUGACUGGGCUGCCCAGUCCUGGAGCACCUCCAUCUUCUCCUUAAAGGAACUUUGAUGCAGAGAUGGAUGUAUGAGAGGGAGCACCAUCCUGGUGCAAAAUCUGACCCUUUUAUGAUUGGGAAUGUAAGAGGUAGCUAGAACUUCUUGAUAUUUUAGGCUAUGAUAUUGCCUUCCACCUUGCAAAUGUUUCACACACCCCCAUACUGAAUGUAACCCCAGACCGUGAUCGUUCCACCAUCAAACUUAACUGUUUUCUGUGUGAAUCUUGGAUCCAUACGAGCUCCAGUAGGUCUCCUGCAGUAUUGGUGGUGGCUGUGGUGUAAUUCAACUGAAGAUUCAUCUGAGAAGUCCACCUUCUGCCACUUUUCCAGCAUCCGUAUGUUUAGCAGGGUUUGGGCUUUGGCAAAUUCCACACAGUUUUUGAAUUACCUUUUGUUUAGUGCUGGCUUCUGGGCACUGAUUGGACCAUGGAGGCCAUUUGGAGACAGACUGUUCUAGUUGACACAGGGACUUGAGGUGACCAGGCCUGGUGGAGCUCUGCUGCAGUGGAAGAGGGGUUGGCUUUGGAUUUUCUAACCAACAAAUGUUGCUCCUGAGCAGUUGUUUUGCAGGGUCUACCGGACCUGGGCUUCUCAAAAACAUCUCCAGUCUCUUCAGAUGUUUUCUUUAAUUCUUUGUACUUGACACUGAGACACAUUAAAGUUGCCAGCCUCCUCUGCAGUGGAUCUGGUCUUCAGCCUCUUGAUAAUCAAGGCUUUGGUCGCAGGGAGGAUUUUUGGCCCGUUGUCAGAGGUCAGGUUGCAGUUCAAGUGAAGAUCUGGGAUGCUGGGGUUCUUUCGAUACACACCCACUAAUUAACUGAUCAGUUAGUGAGCACAGGUGAGGCUGGAAACUAGGAUUGGGUGCAGUGUAUGACAAGGUGACAAAACAUUAAUCUUGCCAAAAUCUGACCUUUCUGUGUUCAUUAAAUCAUCAAUAUUUCUGCAGUGAAGCAAAUUUAUUUUUGUAAUUUCAACCUCAUUUAGGAGGGUUUCAGCUUUCAUACGAAUCAUUUCUAAAACCAAUGGAUGAAUUGAAAGUCUUUUGUUUCUACAACAUGGAUAAGCAACAGAAUUCUGUAAGGGAUUGUAGAAUCCAAUCAUUUCUGAAAAUUUUAAUGAAAUCUGUAGUUCAUGAGAUAUUUUGCUAACAGACAGACACGCAGACAUAAGCACUGAUGUCAAACCUUCCUGUUUGACAACAGGCAGUAAUAAUCCAUCCAUAUGUUUGCUUUAUAUGCUUUUCUGAGCAGCGCAGAGUAAACUGGUGCCAACAUUCA